UUGGCGUACUUCAUAACUGGUUUUUCCUCCUUUUCUUCUCGCCGAAAUUUCAACUGCAGAGGGAUUUGUUGAGGUUAGAGAGAGAGAGGGAAGGAUUCGUUCAGAGAGUGAGAAGAAGGACUUGUUCACAAUGGGGUGCUCCGCUUCCGUUCCAGGUAGAAGCUCUGGACUGUUGAGUGGACCAAACCUUGAGAAUUCUGCAGUGUUUGACGCAAAGAACUUAAGGGUAAAGUUGGUACUCCUUGGGGAUUCUGGAGUUGGCAAAAGUUGCAUUGUCCUACGGUUUGUUCGUGGCCAGUUUGACCCCACAUCCAAGGUAACAGUUGGUGCAUCUUUUUUGUCACAAACAAUAGCCCUGCAAGAUUCUACAACAGUGAAGUUUGAAAUAUGGGAUACUGCCGGCCAGGAGAGAUAUGCUGCAUUGGCCCCCCUUUACUAUCGAGGAGCUGCUGCUUCAGUCAUUGUCUACGAUAUAACAAGCAUAGAGUCCUUCCAUAAAGCACAAUACUGGGUUAAGGAACUACAAAAACAUGGAAAUCCAGGCAUUGUCAUGGCUUUGGUGGGUAACAAGGCUGAUCUUCAGGAGAAUCGAACUGUUUCAGCUGGAGAUGCUUCAGAAUAUGCUGAUAAGAAUGGAAUGUUCUUUAUCGAGACAUCUGCAAAGACGGCUGAUAACAUAAAUCAGCUUUUCGAGGAAAUCGCAAAACGUCUGCCCCGUACACCUCCGAUGUAGUCAACUCAGAUUGCAUCAUCUUGAACCACUCCACAACAAUGUGUCAUUGUAUAGUAUGGCUGGGCAUGGUUGAGGCGUUAGGCCUUGUUAUAUGAAUUCUCUAUGGUGCUGGUAGAAGCUGUACGGAACUUAUAACGUUGAAAGUGUUCUACAAUGCCAUGCAACCCUUUGGUGCUUCGAAUCAUGCUAUGUGCCUGUUAAGACUGAAAGUGCCAAAGUGCUCUUUAUAAGGAGAAUUGUUGUCUCAUCCUUGAUUCGGAUGGUUAUCAUGUGCUGUUUCAUGAAUAGUUAUACAUGCAUUUCUUUCUGAUUCAGUUGCUUUUGUAUUCUCGAUUAACUUCCUGUCUCUUGGGAACAUGAAUUAUGGUAAACUUCCGUUGGGCUGCUUGGUUCAGGUACUUAACAUCUUCUCUUCCUUCUUUAGGAGUAGGGCUAAAAGGGUUACUCAGGAGAAGCUUUCUUUGUGGAUCACUACAAUAAACUUUGUUGCCAGUUUUACUUGAAUGUGACACUCAUUGAUCAGAAA